AUUUCAAGAUGUUUUUUAAACAAUAAAGUAUUACUUAAUUAGUUAUCUUACGCAUUAUCGCCCGUGUGUAGUAUAAAUAUUUAAGAAUCUUUACAAUUUUAUUGUUGGUUAGUUGUCAUAAAGAAGGCACCAUGGUUAGGAUUCAAGUUUGGUUGGCAGUUUUAAUACCAAUAGUUUUAGGUGGAGCGAUUCCAGAUUUAUCUACUGUAUAUAGAACGCUCGAUACAUCUGAUUACCUAACUGAAAUCUAUUACCUAAAUAACCUGACUGCUCAAUAUGAACAGUCAGAAAUAUCCUUCGAUAGCAUAUCACUAUUAACUCGUACAUCCGAAGACAAUGAUGACGUCAGCUUUCAGAUAUUAAACAGAGCAAAUUCAGACUUAAAUCAAAAUAUAACUAUAAGCCAAAUUGCCAACAUUACUUCCCUAACUUCCUUCGACAUUGACUUACCGACCUUCUUUCUCAUCCAUGGAUGGCGCAAUGACAUCAACUCAACGGUUAACUUUAUUAUUUCGGAAACUCUUUUAAGUAUUGUAGAUGCCAAUGUGAUAGUGGUUGAUUGGGAUGAUCUGUCUGACGGGCUCUAUGUCACUGCCUAUAAUAAAGUUCCACAUGUAGGAAAAGUUGUUGGGCAGUUUAUUCUAGCUUUAGAAGAUAUGCAUGAUUAUUCUAUUGAAAACGUUCAGCUUAUUGGGCAUAGCUUAGGAGCGCAUAUUUGUGGAUAUGCUGGUCAAGAAACUAAUGGUGCAAUCAAAGUGAUCGUAGGACUGGACCCGGCAGGACCUCUCUUCUUAAAACUAUUCCCAGACCGCAGACUGAGCGAGGAUGAUGCGCAGCACGUCCAGGUCAUCCACAGCUGCGCAGGUGUACUCGGAGUGGACUACAAUGUAGGCCACGCAGAUUUUUGGCCUAAUGGUGGACACAUACAGCCCGGCUGCAGCCUUGAUGUGAGUUGCUACCAUGGAAGGUCAUAUUAUUACUUCAAUGAAUCGUUAACUUCUUCGUUGUUUAUGGCAAAGACAUGCGGGAGUUAUACUUCUUAUACUAAGAGCAAAUGUGAAGAUAAUGCUUUUGUUAUUAUGGGAGGACUCUCUAUUAAUACUACGUUAUCUGGAACAUUUUAUUUGGAAACUAAUUCGUCUUCUCCAUAUGCAUUGGGAGAUAUUGGACUGUAAAGGUGUACAUAAAUGUAUGUUAUAAAAAUGAAAUAUAAGUAACUGUGUUUUUAAUAAUAA